AAUUUUUGUGUGGAAAUUUUAUUUGCUCUACUAUAGUGUAAUUUUAAUUUGUUAGUCUGGUGUACUCCUCUGAGUUAAACUUUGUCUCAGUGCUCUGAAGCCCCUUUCCCAUCGGCGUAUCGGAUAUUUUGCUGGCCUAAUCUCUGACUGGCAGACAGCUUACCGUUUACCCCGCCUUCAGUCACGCCUCAAGCCUGUAAUAUCAUUUCUCUUCGUGACCCUAACUGCAUAGACAAGCCUGUAGCCUGCAGGCGACCAGUUCUCAGAGACGAGCUGAGAUUGGCCUUUUUCAUCACGUCUUAGUGUUAUGUUCGCUCCUCUGCAGCCACGACGAGACGUAGUUCAAGGUGUCUAGUGACCGGGAAAACCGGGAAAGCCGGGAAUUGUACGGAAAUUAUAACUGCCAGGAAAAAUCCGGGAAUUGUAACAGGAAUUUUUCAUAAAUCCGGGGAUAAAAACAAAGUUUUAUUAAAACGUGUUAUGCUGCAUUUCAUUUCUGGAUCAUCAUCGCUGACCAACAAAUACCGUUAAAAACUAUCAAUAAGUUUUAAGUGGGACGCGAGUCUUCACAGGUCCAUGCGGCGCCCGGAGACAGCGCGAUAGACUUGGCAACACUGCUUGUGUGACUCACCCACGCGAGCGCACGCACACACACCAGUUCACAAUUUCUCGUUCAGACGUCUGGCGCCGUCUAACAGCAUUCUGCCGCCGUUUUCCGCUAUCCAGUGUUUGUGUUUCGUUGCAAUGCGUGUAUGUGGAUUAUUAAGUAUUUACAGUAAAACGGACUUGAAAUGGCUCGUCGGGUGAGAGGGAAAAUUUCGUUUCAAACGGAUUGGAAAGUAGAAUUCCCUUGGGUUGAAGACAUCAAGGAUGAUCGUCACUCUGCUAGGUGUGCAGUCUGUGGGACUACUUUUUCCAUUACUUCCAUGGGAAGAACAGCUCUUACAAGCCAUGCCAGUGGAAACAAGCAUAAGAAAAAUGUGAGUAGUGUAGAUAAGACAGCGCCAAUUCAAAUUUGGGCUACUACAUCUGCCCCUGAAACAUCUAAAGCAUCUGAACCUUCACCUUUACCAUCUUCAUCUGUAAUUCAACCUUCGUCAGCUGCUGUUAUUCCUGGUGCGAGUAUGAAUCUACCUGCUGAAGAUUCGUUAAUCCCGAAAUCUGCUUCUACAACCCGCUGUUUGGAUAAUUUUCUUCUUAAAGACGAUGUGACUCGUGCCGAAGCUUUGUGGUGUCUUGAAACGGUGAUGAAUCAUAACUCCUUACGCAGCGCUGCUAGUAGCGUAAACAUGUUCAAGCGAAUGUUUCCCAACGAUUGUGUUGCAAACAAUAUGAAACUUCAAAAAGAUAAAAUUUCAUAUGUCAUAGUUUAUGGACUUGCUCCUUAUUUUUAUGAUAAGUUGAAAAGUGUUUUGAAAGAGUGUGAACAUUUCGUGUUGGGUUUUGAUGAGAGUGUGAACAAAAUUGCACAGAAACAACAGAUGGACUUGUCUGUCAGAAUUUGGGACUCAAAUGUAAAUAAAGUUAUGUGUAGGUAUGUAACAUCCAUCUUUUUGAAUCACGCUACAGCUGAAGAUCUCUUACAAGCCAUGAAAACUGGCUUGGAAGGAUUUGACAUGAUGAAGAUUAUCCAAUUAUCAAUGGAUGGUCCUAACGUAAAUUUCAAAGUACUUAGGCUUUUACAGCAAGACAGCAGAUCUGACCCAGAAUCCCCACAGUUACUAGAUAUUGGUUCUUGUGGUUUACACACAGUGCACAAUGCCUUUAAGACAGGCAUCAAGAAAUCUGGUUGGGAGAUAAUUGAGUUUCUUAGAGCCCUUUACAAUUUGUUUAAAGAGGCUCCAAGUCGACGAGGAGACUAUACAGAGGCUUCAAACUCACACGUGUUUCCUUUGAGGGUUUGCUCAAUUCGUUGGAUUGAAAAUGGCAAAGUAGCGAGGAGAGCAAUGGAAAUAUUGCCACUUGUUGAAAAAUAUGUCAACAUAGUCAAAACCACAGCAAAGGAACCAUCUUGUAAUAGCUUUUCUGUUGUAUGUAAAGCCCUGCAAGACAAACUCCUGCAAGCGAAAAUAGCUUUCUUUGAGGCACUGGCAAGUGACGUUGAACCAUUUUUGGUAGAAUUCCAGUCUGAUUCUCCAAUGGCACCAUUUCUUUUCGAUAGUUUGACAUUUAUUGUAAUGACUGCUAUGAAAAGAAUUGUGAAAACCGAGAUUAUUGAGAAAACUCCUCUUCACAAAAUUGAUGUUUUCAAACAGAAUGCAGAUAAGACUUUUGUAAAUCUCAAGGAUGUGAAACAUGUUGAGCUUGGUUACAGUACCCGUGCAGCACUAAGGAAGUGUAAGAAUGCCUCUGAGAAAGAUAUUUUAAUUUUCAGAAAAGAGUGUCGGAAUGUCCUGCAAUUUUUUGUGAGUAACCUGUUGCUGAAGUCUCCUCUGAAGUAUUCUCUUACCAAGGCUCUUACUUUUUUGAACCCUUAUCAUAUUUCUUCCAAAGAUAGUUGUGUAAAACAACUUACUACUGCUCUUGACCACCUCCUUACGGCCAAUCUUCUGCCAGCUAGCACUGUUGAAAGGGCUGAUAGAGAGUACAGGUUUCUUUGCUCGCAAUCAAAUGUCAUUGAAGAAAUGAAAACCUACUCUAAGUCUGAAACUCGCUUGGAUACCUUCUGGGUGCAGCUUAUAGAAGGAAAGAAGGAAUAUGAGAACCUCUUUAAAGUAGUCAAACUACUUUUAAUUUUGUCUAACAUCGAACGAGGAUUUUCAGUGAACAAAGAAAUUUUAGUCGAAAAUCUGAAAGAACCAUCACUCAUAGCCCAGCGUCGUAUUUUUGAUUUUGUUAGUAAUGAGCCGGGUGGACUGAUGAAGCUAGACAUUCCUAAAGCCAUGAUUCAUGCAGUGAGGAAUGCUUAUUCCAUGUACAGUGAGGCACUUGCAGAGCAGCAGUGUGCAAAUAAGAAAAUUUUCAAGCUAGCGGAAGAAAGAAAACAUGCAGCUACUGAGAUCAAACAGCUUGAGGCGAAGAAACUCAUGUUGCUUGAGGAUGUACAGCAUGCAGUAUCUGCCAUCGAUGAGAAGGUGAAAGAUCUUAAAAAAUAGUAUAGGGCUGUGUAUUGCAUGACACUAUACAGUUAAACUUCUCACAGUUUUGUACUAGUGUGACUAUGGACCAAACAAGCUGCAAGACAAUUACUAUCGAACCAGGACAAAUGAAAAAUUCCAAUGUUUUAAUAAUGAAUUUGAAGUUCCAACAUUUCCAGUGAGAAGGUAGGCCUGCAUAUGUCUUUGAUGUUUAUAGCAUCUUUAGAUGAUCAUUUUGUUAAAAUGCUUUUUCUCAUUACAUACAGUAGUAAUUUAGUAAUUUAUUGCAUUUGUUCAAUUUUGCAUGUACUAUCAUGAUUUUGGGGUAAAAUUUUAUCGCGUAUGAUUUACAUGUAUUCUUUUCAUUUUUGACAUGUACAGGAAUGUACAGGAAUUGUACAGGAAUUUUUUCUGAUCAUUUCCCUAGACACCCUGUAGUUUCUCAGCGUCGUUGCAUGUUACCCUCACCUCCCCCCCUUCUCAGUUCCAAGUAAGACCAAUGACCGGUCGUAACCCCCUGGACAACGGUGACCGUUCUCAAGGUCUUCCCGCAAAAAACGAGUGCGCCAAAACUGAUCGCAAGAGCCACCUAGCGACCAAGUCGCGAACUUCUCCGCUUGCCUACCCUCUAGGGCGCCAGAGAGCAGCACCUGCGCUCCCUUGAGUUAUAUGGACGCCGUGCGCGAGUCGAUUGUUUUCAACUCAGACCCCUCCGACAGAGUUCGCUACUGUCGCCCAGUGAGGCCAACUUCAAGACUCCUGCUAGAGUUUUUUUCUCGCCCGCUUUCGGGCAAGUUCGGAAUCUUUCGGCGGCCCAGACCCCCCUCCACCUGUUAGAGCCGGC